AUGGAUUUUACAAGCCAAGCUAGAAGGAUUAUCAAAUUUGCAGAGAAAGCUCUACAAGAUGAAACCUUGGAUUCAGAUACUGUACAGAGAGCGAUCAUAGAAAGAAACCUUCGAAUUGAGUUUCGAAGACAAAACAUUGUUUCUAAUGCAUUGAAAGAUUGUCAUUAUCAUCAAAUCACUGAUGAGGAAUUACAAAGUAACUUGACUAAUUAUCCUUUUAUGGCUUCCAUCCAAGCUAGAGUUGCAUGGAGAUCAAUUCUUUCUUCACCUACAGAUCCUGAUAAAGAUUAUCAUAAUCAGACUAGUACAUCUAUUAACAGGAAGAGAAGUAUUUAUAACAGCGGGCAUAUACCUAAUAAGAGACUUCGCAAUGAAAAAGAUAGAGUAGAUAAACUUAAUCAAAUGGUGAGAGACAUCGAGAAUAAUACGAAAGUCGUGGAGACAUUACUAAAUGAAUCUGAUAUAACCACAUCUGUUGAUAGACCGGCUAUAAAUGUCCAUCCAUUUGUAGAGGAUGAAGCUCCACCACCAACCAUUACAAUGGAUGACCUUGAGAUAGUCAGUAAUGCCACUAAAAAUAUUUCUAAUACAAAUACAGUCGAAAAGCCUUACGUAUCAGUGAGUUCAAACUCUAGAAAUGAAUACGAAACACGUCAUUUAAAAUAUGACAGCACGAUUAGUAGGUUCGGUAAAAUUGAUCACAGGCGCCAUUCUAAAGAGAAUAUCUUAAUCAGGAACGAUAAUGAAACUCAUACAAUAAGAAGAAAUAGCAAAAGUAACAAAAAUCCUAAAUCAAUCAGAAAGAUGAGAGCUGUUGCGAAGAAAUACCAUUUAGAAGAAUGA